AUGCCUCGAGGACGGAAGAGGAGGACGAAGACCCUCGCUGGAAGCGGGGAAUCCGCCGCUUCAACUGUCGUGGAUGACUCCACGUCGGGCGGUGAGGGGGAGAUGACGGGAGCGACGGUAAGAUCUCCACCGAGGAGCAAGGCGCGGUUGGGGUCGCCGCGUAAAGAGGACGGAAGCGAGGGAGGGAGCGGGAGUUGUGGCGGGAGUGCCAAUGUGGCCUCCGCUGAGAAGGCGGUUACGCGUGCGGGGUCGCCGCGUAAUGUUGGGGGAAAUGAGGGAGGGAGCGGGAGUUGUGGCGGGAGUGCCAACGUGGCCUCCGCUGAGAAGGCGGUUACGCGUGCUGGGUCGCCGUGUAACGUAGGGGGUGUCGAGGGAGGGAGCGGGUAUUGUGGUGGGAGUGCCAUCGAGAAAGCGAUUGCGCGUAUGGGGUCGUCGCGCAGUGACGUGGGGAGCGGUAGUGAGCGUUGCCCAUCCGGCUGGUACGGGGAAGUUGCGGGGGACACUCCUGACCCCGAGCAGGUCAAUGCCGGCUCCGUCGGCCCCGAUACCUGCGCCUCCUGCACCUGUGCUUUAUGCAAUCACACCGGUGACGCCGAAGCCUGUGGAGACCUGGUCGGUCGUGGUGAGGAGUAA